UUCUGGUGAAAACGUUCCGUCUCGUCCCACUUGUUUAGUAAAGACAGGAAAUCUGGGCCGCUGUGAUGGCCGCCUCCCAAACACCCACCCAGAGAGGAAGAAGAGGAAGUAAAGGUCAAGAUCUAAACUUCAGGCUGGUUCUUGUUGGGAAGACUGGAGCAGGGAAGAGCUCCAGUGCAAACACCAUCCUGGGAAUAGAUGCCUUCACUGCAGCAGUCAGCCAGUCCUCAGUGACCAGACACUGCUGUAAGGUGAAAGGGGAGGUGUUUGGGAGGGAGGUGACCAUCAUCGACACUCCCGGCCUCUUCGACACCUCGUUAUCUGAUCUCACCGUGAAGAGGGAGAUCUCCAAAUGCAUCAACAUGUCGGCCCCGGGGCCCCACGCCAUCCUGCUGGUCAUCAAGGUGGGACGCUUUACCACGGAGGAGCAAGACGCCGUGAGGCAGGUGGCAGAGAUCUUUGGGGAGGAUGCCUGGAACUACACCAUGAUCCUCUUCACCCAGGAGGACCAACCUGGACCAGACUUCCACACACAGCUGGAGAGGGCUGGACCUGAGCUGAAGUCAGUGCUGAAGAAGGUGGGAAACAGGUUUCAUGUCCUCAACAACAACAAGACCAAUAACCGUGGUCAGGUCCUGGACCUGCUGGACAAGGUGGAGAAGAUGGUGGAUGCAAACGGAGGGAAGUUCUACUCCAACUACACCUACCAGGAGGUGGUGCAGAUGUUGGAUCAGAGAGAGACGGAGCUCAGAGAGAUUUACAGGAAGAAACUGGAGGAGGAAGUCAAAGCUGUGGAGUCACAGUAUGAGAGGAAGCUGAGAGAAGCUCAGCAGGAACGAGAGCAGGUGGAGGAACGACUGCAGUCUGAGCUGAAGGAGUUGAGGAGGUAUUAUCAGAUUCUAGAGAGCGGAGUCCGUCAUGUAGUCGAGCAGACGGUACCGACUGAUUCCUUGGAAGACAUCGCCAAGUUUCAUCAGACGCUGAAACUGAAACUCAACUGAGAACACACAGUUCUGCUCCUUGGUCAUUUUUAAUCAGACUUUGUGGCGGCACCUGGUGGCAGAAGCAUGUCACAUCAACACCAGGAGGGUGGAGGAGACACAACCAGAUAUGGGCAUAGUAGUAGUGAACACGUCCACCGAUGGGGGGGGGGGCAAACGGGUCUGUUGUCCCGGGCCCAGGGUAGGCGGGGGGCCCUCAUUAAACUAUGGAAUAAUUAAAAAUCAUAAAAUAAUAAUUAAAAAAUAAUAAUAAUUCAAUUAGGCCUAUUUCAGGAGAAAAGAUUAUCUCGUCCCGGGCCCAGGCAAGACUGUCAGCUGGCCUGGUAGUGACACGCUACUUAGUCGCGCUACUUCUGGUGCAGGUAAGAUCCGCGCUAUCCCUCAGACGGUUCUUCUACCCAUAGACAUUAAUACGUAGAUGCCCUAUGCAACGCUGAACGUUGUUCCUACGUCACCGCCAUCUUUGAAAAACGAGUGCCCGUCUACAUCGUGUCGGACGUUAAAGCGUUUGAGCGGUUUUAUGGUGCAUUCAAGUGCAUCCCGUAAACUCAGAAGUCUAUAUUUUUCUUCUUAUUUUCAUUUGUUGAAAUACAUACAUCCGUCAUUCCUUUGUUGUUGUUUUACUACAUUCUAUUUAAUGAUUAAAACUAAAUGAUAGAACAAAAUUAUUGAAACACAUUCAGAAUCCAACUAAUUUCUGCAUAGUCAGAUUUAAACACUUGGUUAAGACGAGAGUCAAAUUGUUUUCUGCAUACUCUAGCUUAUUCUUAUACUGUAUACCCAACUGUUUUAGUAUCAAAUUGCCAACUUGAUGUAAAUUUAUAUUAUCUCCUCUAUCUUUCCAGUGAAUUUCAUAGCAUCAGGGGAGUUCUUUUUUGGAUCUAUGAACCUACAGAGUUUACUUCCAUAACAGGCCCUGAUCAUGUUCAUCAAGUAAAGGGGCUGAAUAUGAUUAUGUGAUGAAGGGCAGCCUGACAAGAAAUAAUCAGUUAAAAAUGUGCAGAACUACGUCCCCUGCUAUCAGAAAAAGGCUCUACAGAGUUGGUCAGUGCAGCAGAGAGAAGCCGAUGUACAGAGACCGACGGGUAAAUUACUGUGUCCGUUCCUUUGAUUUCAUGAGUUAGACCCUGUGUCCAUUCAGAAGCCAGUAAAGCUUGAACGUACGUUAAUUAAUAGGAGGUCAGAGCAUUCACUGUUCAUAUACCGUAUAUUGAUAUGUUUAUACUGACAGUUAUGUGUUUAAUUCUUUAUUUCUAUUACUUGUUCAACUCUAUUAGUAGUUCUGAUUACUGUUCUUUAUUUCUGCAACAAUCUGUUGCAGAAAAUUCAAAGCAUUUUUCGUUACCAGGGUCAAGAUGGACGACCAAACCUUUAAAAAAUGUUUUUUUUUUCAUUUUCUGUUUUUAAAAACAAAAAAUAAAAGCGACA